UACGAUUCUUUUGAAAUCCGAAAAAAAAAGAUUGCGACAGUUGGACGCCAUAGCCAGAGUCAUUAAUCUCACCAGUUAGCACCGUUCCUUUUGCCUUUAUUUUUUCCUCUUCCAAACAGAUAUGGAUUCGAAUUCGGCAACAAAAGGGGGAAAAAAAGGUUGGCAAUGGUCGGUUAGGGUUUUGAAUUUCUUUAUUCAGCAAUCAGACUAACUGAGAAUCUCACUCAGUGUGGACCGGUUCCAGAGAUUUUCACACGCGAUGGCGGAGGUGAGAGGAGGUCAUGCCACGUGGCACGACGAUCUAGCGACUCUAAUGGAGGACUCCGGGAUGCGCUACGCGGAGAUGGCGUUUGAUCCGAACGCGUCGGAGUACGCUGUCGGCGCCGGAGAGUACAAUGUUGCUCCUGCUCCGGUCACCGCCGAAGCGGCGGAGGCGGAUGCGAAGAAGCCGGAGGAGAGCUUGAAGGAACAGGUGACGGAGUUCGCCAAGGCCUGGGGAGAAUUGCUUCUGGACUUGGGGAAAGGAUGCAAGGACAUCGCCAAGCAGAAUCUUCUGGACGAGAAUUCGUUCCUGGUUCAGAAGCUUGGGAAGCCAAUUGCGCGAGCCUCGGGUCGAUUGGCGUUCAUGAACGACUGCUUCUUGCCCGAGGAUCGCGACCCGGUACACGCCUGGCCCGUCGUAUUCUUCGUUUUCUUACUCGCUGUCUCGGCGUUGGGUGUAAAUACUAGAGAUGAAAGUGGAGUCCCGAUUGGAAAGAAAGUGCGAUUACAUCCUCCUAGUGCGAAUCGCGUUAGCCUUCCCGACGGGAGACAGAUAGCGUACCUUGAGCACGGUGUUGCAGCCAGCCGAGCGCGAUUCUCUGUUAUUUCCCCACAUUGUUUCCUUUCCUCUCGACUUGGAGGUUUCUCUGGUGUGGAGACAACUCUGCUUGAAGAGUUUGGGGUUCGGUUGAUUACAUAUGAUCUUCCAGGUUUUGGAGAGAGUGACCCUCAUCCUGCCAGGAGCCUCAACUCAUCGGCACAGGAUAUGCUUCACUUGGCCGAUGCAGUUGGUCUGGAUGGCAAAUUCUGGGUACUGGGUUUCUCAACUGGAAGCAUGCACUCUUGGGCUGCACUCACAUAUAUCCCUCAUCGGAUUGCCGGUGCUGCCAUGUUUGCCCCGAUGGUAAAUCCGUAUGAGCCUAGCAUGACCAAGGAGGAGACUACCAGAACUUGGGAAAAUUGGUCAUCCAGACGAAAGCUAAUGUACUUUCUAGCACGGAGAUUCCCGAGUUUCCUCCCCUAUUUUUACCGACGCAGCUUCUUGUCCGGAAAUCACGGUCAGAUUGAAAAGUGGAUGUCUCAACCACUUGGUAGGAAGGAUGAAAUUCUUGUUAACCAGCCAACAUUCCAAGAGUUUUGGCAUAGAGAUGUUGAGGAGUCGGUUCGCCAAGGGAGGGUGAAGCCAUUCAUUGAAGAAGCCGUGCUGCAGACUUCAAACUGGGGCUUCAAUCUGGCAGAUCUACAGGUGCGUAGGAGAUGUCAGAAGAGAGGUCUUCUUCUUCGGCUAAGAUCCAUGUUCAAUGAGGCGGAGUGUGAGCUUGUGGGAUUCCUUGGCCCAAUACACAUAUGGCAGGGGGCGGAUGACCAUGUAGUGCCGCCUUCAGCUGCAGAGUACAUUAGCAGGGUUAUACCAGGAGCAACGCUGCAUAAGCUGCCGAAUGAAGGCCAUUUUUCUUAUUUCUUCUUCUGCAAGGAAUGCCAUCGUCGGAUAUUCUCAACUCUUUUUGGGGAUGCUCUUGGCCCUCUUGAUGAGAAUGAAGAAGCUAGUGAAUCUCCCUUUGUACUGGGAGCCACUGACAACGAGACCUCUGUCACUAGGUCUUUUGAUUAGUAGUCUCUUGACUACUUUUGACUAGAGGCUUUCUUUGUUGUAACUUGUAAGUAAAGUUAUAGAUCACAGGUUCUGCUCCAACGAGCUUGCUGAGAACAAUGGGGCCAAAUGUAUCUGCUGAUGGAUUUGCCUGAAAUAUCUCGUUUUGAAUGGUGGUGAAUCCUAGCUAGGAGAGAUUUGGAAAUUUCAGUUUUGCUAAUUUGUCACCGGACAUCCCCAGGAAACGAAUGACGAUUGAGGAGUAAGAUCUAUAAUCUAUUGAAAUGAUUUCUAUGACAGGAGG